AUGAUGUCUGUGAUUCCUGUGUUAUCAGAAGCAUAUGAAUUCACAAGAAUGGAAACAAGAGAGGCGCCACUUGCUCAUUUUCUGAUCAAGAUUGAAUCGUUUUCCUUGCUUGGCACGUUUGGAAUUGACAAAUAUGAAACAAGGGAAUUUGUGGCUGGAGACUAUAAGUGGAAGAUUUGUCUUCACCCGAAAGGAAACGGAGAAGGAGCCGGCCGUUAUGUGUCCAUCUUUCUGCACUGUAUUGAACCCAAAAGUAGUGUCAAGGCAUGUUAUACCAUAUGGGUCAAGAACCAGAUUUCUGAUGAACACAAUAAAGGAACUGAAACUGACUGGUUUUCAGCUUCCGACACUGAUUGGGGAUGGCCUUCGUUCGUUGAGAUUGCGACAAUUAACGAUCCCAAAAACGGAUUCAUUGUGAACGACUCUUGUCUUUUAGACAUUGAAAUCUCUAUCCUAGCUGUUUCACAAUGA